AACGACCCAUACCGGCACGACUACAUAAUCCAAACAGUCUUCAAAGCAUUCAUUGCUUUUGCCCCCUUGAUUUCAUCGCUCCUUCCUUCACUCUCUUCCUCCUCAAAUCCAACACUCUGAUCCCAAUUCCUCUCUCUCUGCUUAAAGAUGGCUUCGACGAUGCUUUCUCUCUCCUCGGCAUCCGCCAUAGCUUCAUCUUCGCUUGCUCCGCAACAUAAUCGGCCGCUGGGUGGCUCUGAUCAUGCUGCUGUUUGGGGAAAGAACAAAAGCAAUUCCUUCAUGAAGACCAAGUCCCGGGGUCGGAUUACUAUGGCUAUUGCUGUAAAUGUUUCUCGUUUUGAGGGCAUAACAAUGGCCCCUCCUGAUCCUAUUCUUGGAGUCUCUGAAGCAUUUAGAGCAGACACACAUGAAAUGAAGCUCAAUCUGGGUGUUGGGGCCUAUCGAACAGAAGAACUUCAACCAUAUGUUCUUAAUGUUGUAAAGAAGGCAGAGAAUCUUAUGCUGGAAAGAGGCGAAAACAAAGAGUAUCUUCCAAUAGAAGGUUUGGCUGCAUUUAACAAAGUUACUGCAGAAUUACUAUUUGGAGCAGAUAAUCCUGUGAUUGAACAAAAAAGGGUUGCUACUGUUCAAGGUCUUUCAGGAACUGGCUCUCUUCGACUUGCUGCUGCACUCAUAGAACGAUAUUUUCCUGGGUCAAAAGUUAUCAUAUCAUCCCCAACUUGGGGUAACCACAAGAAUAUUUUCAAUGAUGCUAGAGUACCUUGGUCUGAAUACCGCUACUAUGAUCCAAAAACAGUUGGUUUGGAUUUUGAUGGGAUGAUAUCUGACAUAAAGGCAGCCCCUGAAGGAUCUUUUGUGUUGCUUCAUGGCUGCGCUCACAACCCAACUGGCAUUGAUCCAACCCCUGAACAGUGGGCAACAAUUGCUGAUGUCAUUGAAGAGAAAAACCAUAUUCCAUUUUUUGAUGUUGCAUACCAGGGAUUUGCAAGCGGAAGUCUUGAUGAAGAUGCAUCAUCUGUGAGGUUGUUUGCUGCACGUGGUAUGGAGCUUCUAGUUGCUCAGUCAUACAGUAAAAAUUUAGGUCUCUAUGCUGAAAGGAUUGGAGCAAUCAAUGUUCUCUGCUCAUCAACAGAUGCUGCAACAAGAGUAAAGAGUCAACUGAAAAGGCUUGCUCGACCCAUGUACUCGAAUCCACCCGUACAUGGAGCUAGGGUUGUUGCUAAUAUCGUGGGGAGUACAGCUCUUUUCAAUGAAUGGAAAGAGGAGAUGGAAAUGAUGGCCGGGAGGAUUAAAAGUGUGAGACAAAAGCUAUUUGAUAGUCUCUCUGGAAAGGACAAGAGUGGGAAGGAUUGGUCAUUUAUCCUCAAGCAGAUUGGCAUGUUUUCUUUCACUGGCCUGAACACAGCUCAGAGUGACAACAUGACAAAUAAGUGGCAUGUAUACAUGACCAAAGAUGGAAGGAUAUCAUUGGCAGGUCUGUCUUCAGCCAAAUGUGAGUAUCUUGCAGAUGCCAUCAUCGACUCAUUCCACAAUGUCAAGUGAAAGAGAUGGAUCAUGCAUGCAUAGUAGAGGAAACCAUUGGAAUUUUGUGGCGAGUCCAGUCAUUAUCGUCAGUUAAUUGUAACAGUUUUGCCAAAAUCCGCCAAUAAUACAUGGCUACUUUGCCUGACACCAUAAGUGUUCGAAAUUCUAUGCAAGGUGAAAUUUUACUGGCACUUUGUCCCUGAAUACAGUGUUCUCUAUGAAACUUUUGAGUUCUUGCAGCUUA